CAGAGUUCCGGGUGCUGGACUGUGAAGUGCGGAGCUGUGCUGUUGACUUCUCUCGGAUUUUUCUUCUAUUGCUCUUUCUCACCAGCUGAGACACACAAGAGAGAAAUAUGAGUGCCAGAAAGAGAACAAAACUCAGCCCACGGGAGGAUGAUGAGGAAUCUACCAGAUUGGUUCCUCCACAGGCCCCCCCGAAAACAGUCGAAAAGAAACCUCUAAUGGAAGAAACACUGAUUGAGAUUCCUGAUACUGACUCUGAGGAAGAGAUUGAGGAGGGAGGCAAGCCGUCGUUCCGUGAAAAAGAGAAACCUGAAGUGGAAGAUGAGGAAGACCCGGAAGAGACUAAAGGGGAGUGUGGGGAUGACCCUGAUGAUGAGAAAGAGGAGAUGCCAUUUAUGCCUUCGACAAGUGCAGAAGCAAGUGACAAAGAGUAGUCAAUGAAUUAAAAAGAAGAGACAUAUUACAUAUGCUGUAAUAUUGACAAUAUGAGCUGUUAAAUACUCUCAAUAAAGUUCUACCUAUACUCG